AUGUCUAAGCUAAUUGCAAUCCCCGGCGGCACCGGUACAAUCGGACAGUCCAUCGUCUCCGCCCUGCUCGCCCAUCCAGAAUACAAGCCCAUCAUCCUCUCCCGCGCAACACCCUCCCACCCCGACGGAACAACCUCAUCGACAACUCUACGCAAUGCCAAACCCGUAGAAACCCGCCACGUCAACUACGCCUCAACAGGCUCGCUAACGACCGCCCUGAACGGCGUGUAUGCUGUGAUAUCCGCCCUCCUGAUCCCCGGCCCCGAGAGCGUCCCUUACCACCUCAACCUCCUGCAAGCCAGUAUAACAGCACGCGUGCACCGCUUCGCGCCCUCCGAAUGGGCUCUACCCCAGAAUACACAUGAUCAGGUAGAUCUGGACCAGGGGAAGAGUAUUAUCUGGACGGAGGUGCAGAAGGAAGUCGCGGAGGGCAAGAUCGACGCCGCCGCGUUUCCGGUGGGGAUGUUUAUGAAUUACCUCGCCAUUGGUAUUAGGGAUCAAGAGGUGGAAGAGGAGGCGCUGGCGGGAUUUAGUGAGGGUGCGCUGAUGUUUCAUCUGCGUGAUGACCCGGCUUGGGUGGAGGUUCCUGUUAUGGAGGAUGGGAGAUAUCCGGAUCUCACGAUGACGGAUAUCAGGGAUGUAGGGAGGUUUGUUGUUGCUGCGCUGGGGCUGGAGGAGUGGGGUGGCAGGGAGCUGGGGAUUGCUGGGGAUACGAGGAAUUUAAAGGAGAUUGUGGAUAUUCUGAGGGGAGUGUUGGGGAGGGCGAAUGUGAAGGAAGUUUCUCGCGCUGAGCUGCAGAGGAAGUUGGAUGCGUUGGAUUACAGUGAGUUUCUGCAGAGGAUGGAUAUACAGUAUACGAUGCUCUGUGGGAAUGGAGGGUCAGUAGUCAAGGGGACGCUGAACGAACUGUGUCCGGAGGUCAAGCCUACCACUAUCAGGGAGUUUAUAGAGAAGUACUGGAGUGACUAG